GCGCACCAGGGCGGCGGGGGCGACCGGCACUGGCUGCCGAGCUACCCCAGCCUGCGCUCCCUCAUCCCCGCCUCCGAGCACCGGCAGCUGGAGCACCUCUGCGCGCAGAUCCAGCCCGCGCACAUCGCCGCCGUCCUCUCCAGGUUCCGCGAGGUCCUGGCCGGGAACGAGGUCCUGCCCUGGGAGCUGGUCUACGUGUUCAAGCAGGUGCUGAAGGACUUCCUCAGCCGCGAGGAGGAGGAGCAGCAGCAGCUCAGGCUGAUGGAGGCCUGGACCAGCCGGUACCAGAUGAAGCAGAGCUUCGUCACGCCCACCGUGCCCGACUGCGACGACGCGCUGAGGGAGGAGAUCCCCACCAUCUCCAGCUACGUGGACCGCAGCAUGAGGGGGGCCUGCCCCUACCUGGCCCAGAGGGUCUGGGACCUGCCCUUCUACUACCCUGCCCCCCACAACUGCCCCGAGGCCUACAGCACCACGCUAUAGCU